UUUUGCACAGCCCAAUCCCAUUCUCCAUCCUUUUAAUCUUUACUUUUACAGUUUCACCCCCAUUUUUACUUCUCCUUCUUUCUUGCACCCUGAAGAACCAGAACCAGAGCAAAACCAAGUGAAUGAUCUCCAAUCUCAUCACCCUAAUCAAACACUGCAAAACCCCCAAGCAACUCCUCCAACUCCAUGCUCAUACCAUCACCAAUGCCACUCUCACUAUACCCCAUCACAAAAUCCUACCCAACCUCCUCCACAGCUUUAUCUCCCUAAUCAAACCCUCUUCCUCCGCACCUUCUACCACCACCUCACUCAGCUAUGCCGUCUCUCUCUUCAAUCUCAUCCCAAACCCAUCUACUUUCUGCUUCAACAACAUCAUCAGAGCUCACACCCUCCUCUCCUCUCCCCUCCCUGCCCUCCAUCUCUUCGCUUCCAUGCGCCUUUUUUCGCUCCCCCCAGACUUCCACACCUUCCCUUUCGCCCUCAAGGCCUGCGCCCAGCUUGGCUCUUCUUCAUUUUCAAUCACCCAGACCCUUCAUUCUCAAGCCCUCAAGUUCGGUUUCGCUUCCCACUCGUUUGUCACCAACACCCUCAUUCAUGUCUACUCAGCUUGCCAGCAUCUGGACCAUGCACGCAAGGUGUUCGACGAAAGUUCCCACAGGGAUUUGGUCUCGUAUAAUGCGAUGCUGGACGCAUUUGUUAAGGGAGGUGAGAUUUGUAGAGCGCGGCAAGUGUUUGAUGAGAUGGCAGACCGGGACUCUGUUUCGUGGGGGACUAUUUUAGCUGGGUAUGCACAGACGAAUCGGUGCGAGGAAGCGAUUGAGCUGUUUGGUGAGAUGAUUGAGUCGAACAUUAGGCCUGAUGAUAUCUGCUUGGUCUCUGCUCUCUCUGCUUGUUCUCAGCUGGGUGAUUUAGAACGAGGGAGAAGUAUCCAUGACUACAUCAAACGAAACAGGAUUAGACUGAGUUCAUUCUUUUUGACAGCAUUGGUGGACUUGUAUGCGAAAUGCGGGUGCAUCGAGACUGCCAUUAAGAUUUUCGAGUCGAGCUGUGAUAAGAAUGUGUUCACUUGGAAUGCCAUGCUUGUUGGGCUUGCAAUGCACGGCCACGCCCAUCUCUCACUGGAGUACUUCUCCAGAAUGAUAGAGGCUGGAAUUAAACCUGAUGGGGUUAGCUUAUUAGGGGUUUUAGUGGGUUGCAGCCAUGGAGGUAGAGUAGAUGAAGCCCGAAAGCUUUUCGAUGAAAUGGAAUUAGUUUAUGGGGUCCCCAGAGAGCUCAAGCAUUAUGGGUGCAUGGCUGAUCUGCUUGGUAGAGCUGGGUUGAUCAAGGAAGCAAUGGAGAUGAUAGAGAAGAUGCCAAUGGGGGGCGAUGUGUUUGUGUGGGGUGGUUUACUUGGAGGUUGCAAAAUACAUGGUGAUGUUGAGGGUGCCAAGAAAGCAGCAGAGCAUGUGAUGGAGUUGGACCCUGAAGAUGGUGGUGUGUAUUCAAUCUUGGCUAGCGUUUAUGCCAAUGCAGAGAAAUGGGAUGAUGUGGUAAAAACCAGAAAGUCCAUAAGUUCUAACAAGAGGGUCAAGAAGAACUCUGGUUGUAGUUUGAUUAGGUUGAAUGGAGUCACCCAUGAGUUUCUUGCAGGGGAUAGCUUCCAUCCUCGAACAGAAGCAAUCUAUUUGGUACUGGAUGGACUUUGGAAACAUCAAUUUGAAUCAUGCUAGA